CAUGCCCCGCGAAAACAGAAAAAGAGGCAAGAAACACAAAAAGCCUGCCCUCGACGAGCAACAACAACAUACUGCAGAACCAGAGCCUGAAGUUGAAGCUGGACCAUCAUGGAUCAUCCCCGCUGCGAAUCCCCAGCAGGAGCAAGACUCGGAAGCACCUUUUGGGUACCUCGACGUGGAUGUCAAGGCGUAUUUCCGGACUGUGGAUGUGCAGAUGCGGCAGUGGCAGGAUAGGGAAGUGGAGGUGGAUGAUGAAGAAAAACACACGUUCUUCCUCGCUGCCCUCACAGAGAUGACAGGGAAAGAAAAACAACUCGCAACUGACCCAGAGUGUUCGGUGGUGUUGGAGAGGAUGGUGCAUUUGAUGGAUGAUUUUGCGAGGAGGGUGUUUAUGGAUAGUUUGACAGGGUCGUUAGGUACGAAAUACUCACUCGACAUCGUUUCGCAUCGCAUGUCUACUAAAGGUAUACUACCUGAAAUACCACAAGGUGACGCAAAAAAGGGACAUCUCCCAACGAUGACCGAACUUGUACUGGAUUUAUGUGACGAACUCCUCCCCAUCCUGUCUUCGCUCCUCCACAACCCUUUUGGCUCACAUAUCGUCCGUGCACUCGCUCUCCUGCUCUCUCCCACACCAAACACCCAAACUCAAUCCCAGACCUCCAAGCGCAGUAAAAGCUGGAAAGGCAAGCAAGGUGAGAUGUGGAGUCUCUUUGCAUCAGAAAAGGGGGUGGAGGGGGAGGGGGAGAGGCCAAGGAGCUUUGACGAGGCAGCGAGGAAGAUUGUGGGUGCGUUUAGGAAGGGGAUGAGUGAUAAUGAGGUAAGGGCAUGUGCGGGGAGUAAGGUUGCAUGUCCUGGUCUUGAUGUUCUCAUCAAAGUUGAAGCCAAGCAUGGUAUGUCAAAUGAAAGCGGCAGCUUAAUGGACCAUGUAUUGGUCGGUAUGGUUGACGCCACCUCGUCCCACCUACUCAAAACCAUUGUCACCCAAGCUUCUCAGCCAGUAUUUGACGUUCUCUGGGGUAUGUACCUCUGCCCAGAGAACGCCGUGGGUAGGGCGAAUACCGAGCAGCUCGGUGUUUUGAGGAUGGGUUGGUGGGGGAGGGCAGUGAAGAUGGGUAGGUUAGGUGUGGUUAAAGCUAUGGUAGAAGUUGGGGGAGGUGGGGAGGACGUUUGGGGUGCAUUGAAGGGUGCGUUUGGGUGUGAGGAGGUGGAUGAAGUGGAGGUGUUGAUUAGGGCUGUGAUGAGUCUGAAGACGGUUGAGGAUUACAAGUCCACGAGUAUACUUCCGGAGCUGAAUGUACAGGGAGCAUUGUUAUUGCAGUCCAUGCUGCGUCUGAAGGAUCCAUACAAUGCUGGGACCAUAGAGAGUAUCCUAUCUCUCCCCAUAACAUCACUCAUCCCCCUCGCCCAGCACCCCAUCUCAUCCUGUGUCCUCGACAUAUUCCUCAACUCUCCCACAGUCCCACACAAAGUCAAGCAUCUGCUUGUCCUAGCUUUCUUGGGCCAUUUCCAUGAACUGGUGGAUGACAGGAUCAGGAGUCGGGUGGGGGAGAGGUGUUGGGGGUGGAGUGAUACGUAUAUGAAGGUAUAUGACAUUUCAAUGUGGGAUGAGAUGCAGGUCUGA